AGCUUUUUUCCAGAUCACAUGAUAUCUUUUCCAAGUGAAACCAAUGCAGCUGUAAGCCACUCUGGUAUAUUACAGAUGUUCCUAAGCUCCAGCACGUAUCCUGAGAUUCAUGGUUAUUUGCAUGCAAAGGAGCAGGGAAAAAAAUCAUGGAAAAAAUUGUACUUUGUUUUGAGAAGAUCUGGCCUUUAUUUUUCCACUAAAGGUACAUCUAAGGAGCCAAGGCAUCUGCAGUUUUUCUGUGAAUUCAGCAAUAGUGAUAUGUACAUGUCUUCGACAAGCAAAAAGAUUUCUGGAGCACCAACAAACUAUGGAUUCUGCUUUAAGCCUAACAAAUCAGGAGGAACCAGAGACCUGAAACAGCUCUGUGCCGAUGAUGAACAAAGUAGGACCUGUUGGAUGACAGCAGUUAGGUUGCUUAAGUAUGGGAUGCAGCUGUAUCAGAAUUACAUGCAACUGUAUCAAGGUAGAAGUGGCUGCAGCCCUUUGAAUGUAACACCUAUGAGAAGCAUUUCAGAAAAUUCUUUAGUAGCAAUGGAUUUCUCAGGACACAGAAGCAGAAUUAUAGAAAAUCCAACAGAAGCCCUUUCAGUUGCAGUUGAAGAAGGAUUAGCAUGGCGGAAGAGAGGGUGUUUACGACUCAACUCACAUGGGAGUCCUAUUGCCAUGUCUAACAUGGCUAUACACAGGUCUCAGUCAUGGUUUCAUCAUAAAAUCUCAAGAGAAGAGGCUCAGAGACUUAUUUUGCAGCAUGGACUUGUAGAUGGGGUAUUCCUGGUACGCGAUAGCCAAAGUAACCCCAAAACAUUUGUAUUGUCAUUGAGUCAUGGAUUAAAAAUAAAGCAUUUUCAAAUUGUACCAUUGGAAGAUGAUGGGAAGCUAUUCUAUACCCUUGAUGAUGGUCAUACCAGAUUUACUGAUCUCAUCCAGCUAGUGGAAUUCUACCAGCUUAAUAAAGGAGUACUGCCUUGCAAGUUAAAACACUAUUGCGCACGAAUUGCUCUUUAACCAAAGCAUCUGUUUCAUCAGAGGGAAAGGAAGAUACUAGAAUACUUUUUCCCCUAAAGGCAAUUUGUAGAGUAAGAAGGGAAAAAGCAUUAUGUUGUAAUGAUUCUAUGUUUUAGCUGCAAAAAAAUAUAUGUAGAUAAGAAGUUUGCAUUGUGAUUGUCACAGCAAAAUUUACUUUAUGGUUUUAAAAAAAUGGUCUUUUCCUAUGUA